AUGCCAUUGUCCGGCGGUCUUUUCCCCCACUGGCGUCGCAAAGCGGCGGAACGCUCCAGCAACAACUCGUAUGAGGUUCCAUACUACAUGAACGCAGCGUAUUAUCCCAAUUGGCGGAUAUACCGAAAACAACCUCCUUCAUCGCUCAGACUGGGAUUUGUCUCUCAUAUCUUCUACGCAUUUGCUUGGGUCAAAGAAGACGGCACCCUAAGCGAUGAAUGGGCCGAUGCGCAAAUGCCUGUGGACGGCACGCAGGGCUGUAUCCGGGCCUUCACGCAGCUGAAACCGCAAUAUCCCAAGAUGAAAGUCAUUCUCUCCGUCGGCGGAGGCGGCAAGGGAAGCGAGAACUUUGCUCUCGUGGCGCGGAGUCAAUCGCGCACCGAGACAUUUGUCCGCACGGCCAGGGCGCUGGUAGACCAAUUCGGCCUUGACGGCCUCGACAUUGAUUGGGAACACCCCGCCGACCCACAAGAAGGCAUGGACUACGUCCGACUACUAGCAAAGCUGCGGGAAGCACUGCCUUUGCCGCGAUUCGUAUUAGCAACCUGUCUUCCGGCGGGCCAAUGGGCUCUCCGGAAUAUCGAUCUCUCCAAGGCAUCUAUGUACCUCGACCUGAUCAAUCUUAUGACGUAUGAUUUUGCUGGACCUUGGACGAACGAGAGCGGACACCAUGCACAAUUGUAUAGUCCUUCUCGGAAUCCGGGCGCUGUCUCUUGUCAGUCUAGUGUGCAAUAUGUGCUUUCGCAGGGUGUCGAUCCGAAGAAAAUCUUGCUAGGAGUUCCUGCCUACGGCCGGUCAUUUUUGGGUAGCGAGAAGCCCGGUCAACGGUAUGCCGGUACGGGUGGCGAGGACGGCGUGUUCGACUACAGUGAUUUGCCCCGUCCUGGCGCUAAGGAGCAUCACGAUGAUAAGCUGGGCGCAGCAUACUGCUCCGGUGGUGAUGGCGGGUUCGUAACCUAUGAUACGCCGCGGACGGUGCAGCAGAAGGCUAGGUUUGCAACCAAAACGAAGCUGGGAGGACUGUUCUAUUGGCAUAUCGGAGGAGAUGCACGCGGUCCGCGGAGUCUGAUCGAGACCGGGUAUAACACGCUACAUGAGAUGUAG